GCUGGUUGUCUGUGAACGGCGGGACACUUGCUGUGGAGAAAAGAAGCUGGAGCACGGAGAGUGAAACCUGCAGAGGACGAACACGAGACACUUUCACUCGACCCACGACAGUCCAGCAUGGCUUCAAAGUGUCCCAAGUGCGAAAAGACGGUUUAUUUCGCUGAAAAGGUGUCGUCGCUGGGAAAAGACUGGCACAAACUGUGUCUCAAAUGUGACCGCUGUAACAAGCUGCUGAACGCAGGAGGCCAUGCUGAGCAUGAUGGACGGCCCUACUGCCACAAACCAUGCUAUGCUGCCCUCUUCGGGCCAAAAGGUGUCAACAUUGGUGGAGCCGGUUCAUAUGUGUAUGAAGCUCCAGCCAACAACAACUCAUUGCCCACUAGUGUGGAUUCAGCCUCUAAAGUUGAAGAGAAGCGAGUGUUUGCACCCAAAGCACCUCCAAAAGCAGCUGGCAGCGUCACCACUUUCUCUGGCGAGGCCAACCUGUGUCCCCGGUGCAACAAGAAGGUGUAUUUUGCUGAGAAGGUGACGUCUCUGGGGAAGGACUGGCAUCGACCCUGUCUGCGCUGCGAAAGGUGCGGCAAGACUCUGUCUGCUGGCAGCCAUGCAGAGCACGACGGCCAGCCCUACUGCCACAAACCAUGCUACGCUGUUCUCUUUGGGCCCAAAGGAGUCAACACUGGUGGUGUGGGCAGCUACAUCUAUGACAAGGAGCCCAGUGCAGUGACCCAGCCUUGAACCUCUGUCCCUUCAGCUUCACCCCUCUUCUCCUGCCACAGUAAUAGUUGUAGUCUGUAGUCUGUCUCUCGCACACACACACACAUGCAAAUGUUUGUUCUUCUAUCCUCAUGGGGACUUUGCAUUGACUUCCAUUCAUUUACUGGUCACUUCCAUAGCCUAACCCUGACCCCUUACCCUAAACCUAACCUAAACUCAAUCCACACCUUAAUCCUAAACCGAAGCCCUGACCCAUCAAUGGUAUAUCUCCCAAUUGGGAUCAGGCUUUUGUGCCCAUAAAGAAAAGUGGGCUGUGUGUACCCAGUAAAUGGUCAAAAAUGGUCCCUACCAGGUAGCAAAAACAUGUACACACACACACACCAGUGAGUUCAUACUUGAAACAACCACCCAUCUGCUCUGGAUCCUCUCCUGCUUUCUCUUGUCCUACCAAGGCUCAUCUGAAGCAUCCCAGUAACUCAGAGGUCUGCAACCUUUACUCUCAGAGCCAUUUCUGCCUCUUUACCCAAGAAAUAUAAAGACUGCAUCUAGAGUUCUGGUUCCAAAUAGGUCGGGAUAAUGUAUAAAAACUAUUUUAAAAAAACUGAAAUCUGUAUAUCUACUGCACCCAUUCAUUAUUAAUCUUAGUAAACAUAUCAAGUGUUUCUAUUAAGAAAUUGUAUUAUUUUUAGAGGGGAAGAAUUACGUAUUUUAAAUUUUACGGCAGCAGUAAAUUUCAAAUCAGUUGGAUCAGGGGCAACAAAAUUCUGUAGAAGUAAGGGGCGUGAAUGAGAAACAGCGGGAGCAGCAUUUUGGAAUAAAUUUGGUUAAUUGAAAACAAACCAGUAAGAGGACUAUGUGGGGUUUUGAGGUGUGUCACUUCCAUCAAAUUUAAAAUUACAUUAUUCUUUUUCCCUCCAAAAAAAAAAGUAUAAUUUAUUUGUUUACUAUAUUCUGUGAAAAAUGAGGUUUGUUUUGAUUUCGAAUUUACCCAGCUUUUUCUAAAUCAGUGUUCACAGGAAAACAAAAUGCAUAUUCUGUAUUUACUUCUUCUGAAAAGGGAACAAAUAUUUUGUGUUACCCUUUAGAUAAACUGUAAUCACUGGAUUAUGGAGGCCUGCGUGAGCCUUGACUUUUAUUUGUGGUGUUUUAUGUUUUUACAGUACAACUCUGCUAUAGAGGAUUAAUUCACAAGUGGCAGAAAACUGAACCAGAGAGAUGCUACCUUUUUGUGUGGUUUUUGGUCCAAGCUACAAAGAGCCGCAGGUUGCAGAUCCCUGAUUAACCACCCGCUUUGGAUGUU